CCUAUAGAGAAGAGGCAGCCAUACAUCACCGAGACUGCACAGAGAGAGAGAGAGAGAGAGAGAGAGAGAGAGAGAGAGUGUUCGACUCUCUCCCUCCACACUCCUCCUCCUCCUCCUAUACCGACCCUCUCCAUCCGUCCUCCCCGGCAGACGGAGCAGACCUCCGGGAAGGCAGCGUGGAUUUUUUCUCCCCCCCUCCUCCUCGCAUCUGUGUGAAUGGGAAUCAGCCGCACCGGCAGGAGUGAUGGAGACUCAGCCUUCGUAGUUACUGGAACUUAUUUCUCACCCCGAAAAGACGGGAACUAACCGCGUGAGCGUAUCUUUUGGGGAUUUGUCUUUUCUUUUUUCUUUUUCAGUUUGGGAUCCAAGCCCGAUCGGGAAGGGUUAUUUUGGGGGAGAGGAGAGGUUGUUUCACACCCCCCCCCCCUCUCUCUCUCCUCCUCAUCAUCACCAUCCUCCUGACUCACCAUUCUGGGGUUUUCUUCUUAUUUUGAUUUUUAAUUGACAGUUGAAUUCUGUGGAGGAUUAAAAAAAAACAAAAAGAAUCAAAGAAGAGCAGGAUUUUGCCGGUGUUUGCUGCUGUGGUUCCUCGGGCUUAUCGGGACAGGGGCAGGGCAGCAUGGAGCCGGGUUUGGUUGGAUGUAUUGCUGAUGUUUGGGAGGUGACGGCGCGGAGGAGGGGGAGGACGGGAGGCUUCUACCUGCUGCUGCUCUGCUGGCUGCUGGCUUCUCACACCACGGCGCACGCCUCAGACGCCUACUCAUCUUCCUCCCUCUCCUCCUCCUCCUUGCCUAGUCUCGGAGGAUUCGUGGACUUCACUUUCAGCCAAGAGCCUCAGGACACCGUGACGGUGCGAGGUGGCGUGCUGCAGCUCGACUGCCAGGCGCAGUCCGACGCAGCGGCGGGACCCCCCGCCAUCACAUGGCGUAAGGACGGCGUGCUGCUGAGCACGGUGGUGGACGAGCGGCGGCAGCAGCUAGCUAACGGCUCGCUGCUGGUGCAGAACGUGGUGCACUCACGGCACCACCGACCCGAUGAGGGCGCAUACCAGUGCCUCGCCACACUGGACGGACUGGGUAGCAUUGUUAGCCGGACCGCCAAGGUCACAGUGGCCGGUCCGCUGAAGGUGGUCGUGCCCACUGAGUCCGUUUCCUCGUACCUCGGCGAUACCGCCCUGCUGCGCUGUGAGGUCUCGGGGGACCCGACGCCCAUCAUCCGCUGGCAGAAGAACCGGGAGGACCUACCGCUGACCUUUGACCCUGAUUCCCGCCUGGCGGUGUUGCCCUCCGGCUCUCUGCAGGUCAGCCGUGUCCAGCCACCAGACUCCGCCACAUACCGCUGUCUGGCCGACAACCCUGGCAGCACCAGGACUGGGACAGACGCCGAGCUCCGAGUUCUCCCAGAACCCGGCGUGAGCAGGAACCUCCAGUUCCUCCAGCGUCCAUCCAGUGGAACGGCUCAACUGGGAACCGACGCCGUGCUGGAAUGUUCCGCUUCCGGAUACCCGACUCCGAGCAUCCAGUGGAAGAGAGGAGAGGAACUGAUCCAGAGCUGGAAUAAGAAGUACUCUCUGCUGGUGGGCAGUAAUCUGAUCAUCAGGAGUGUCACUGACGACGACUCUGAUACUUACAGCUGCACAGCCGGCAACAAGAAUCACAACAUCACUGCACACACUGAGCUGACUGUACUAGUGCCUCCUCAGUUCCUGAACUACCCGACCAACACGUAUGCAUACGAGUCCACGGACAUCGAGCUGGAGUGUGCUGUGACGGGAAACCCGCCACCGACUGUUCGCUGGAUGAAGAACGGAGAGGAAGUCAUCCCCAGCGACUACUUCCAGAUAGUGGAUGGCAGUAACCUGCAGAUUUUGGGUUUGGUGAAGUCGGAUGAAGGAUUUUAUCAGUGUAUAGCUGAAAACUCAGCCGGCAGCUCGCAGGCGAUGGCUCAGCUGCUUAUCCGAGAGCCAGUGUCCCCCAGCCCGGGCGUUGCCCUCCCCUCUGCCCCCCGCGACCUGGUCCCUGUCCUAGUGUCCAGUCGAUUUGUCCGACUCAGCUGGCGCCCCCCGGAGGAGACCGGAGGGAUCGUGCAGACCUACGGCAUUUACUACUCCCAGGACGGAGUCGAGAGGGAGCGGUCAGUGAACGUGUCGGAGCCGGAGUCUCUGGAGCUGAUGGUCUCCAACCUGAAACCAGAGGAGAGCUACAGCUUCAGAGUCAUCGCUUACAACGACGUGGGGCCAGGAGAGAGCUCCACCCACCUGAGGAUCACCACCAAACCAGACCUGCAAGUUCCCAGCAGGGUGGAGUCUCUCCAAGCCGAGGCUCUGUCUCCGACCUCGGUCCAGGUGAGCUGGGAGCCUCCCAGCCAACCCAAUGGCCCCAUCCUGGGCUACAGACUGCUGUGGACCGAGAGCCCGUCUGCCAAGGAACAGAGUGUGGAGGUGAACGGACUCAACUACAAGAUGGAGGGACUUAACAAGUUCACGGAAUACACGGUUCGGGUGUUGGCGGUCAACCGCUACGGACCGGGCACCGCCCCGGAGACCGCCAGCGUCACCACCCAAUCAGACGUACCCAGCGCUCCUCCCCAGAACAUCACCUUAGAGGUUGUCCUGUCCAGGAGCAUCAAGGUGUCAUGGCAGCCGCCUCCGCGAAGCGCCCAGAAUGGCAUCAUCUCUGCCUACAAGAUCAAGUACAGGAAGACCGGUCGCCGUGGAGACCAAGAGGCCAUCGAACCCAACAACUUCUGGUUCCUGUUCACAGGUCUAGAUAAGGGCAGUCAGUACAGUUUCCAGGUAGCAGCCAUGACAGCCAAUGGAACAGGUCCGGCCAGUGACUGGUUCAACGCUGAGACGCCGGAGAAUGAUCUGGAUGAGAGUCAGGUUCCUGACCAGCCCAGCUCCUUGCAUGUCAGGCCGCUGCCCAACAGCAUCAUCAUGUCCUGGACUCCGCCCCUCAGCCCAAACAUCCUGGUUCGAGGCUACAUCAUUGGCUACGGAGUGGGAAGCCCCUAUGCCGAGACGGUCCGAGUCGACAGCAAACAGAGAUACUACUCCAUCGAAAACCUGGAGCCGAGCUCGCACUAUGUGAUUUCCCUGAAGGCAUUCAAUAACGCAGGCGAGGGUGUCCCUCUGUAUGAGAGUGCUGUCACUCGAUCCCUGACAGACCCCAUAGACCCAUCUGAGGAUGACCUCUUCCACCUCUUUGAUAAAUACCCCACUCCCAUGCCAGACACCAGCACUCCCAUGAUCCCCCCGGUGGGGGUCCAAGCUGUGGCUCUGUCCUCGGACUCGGUCCGCGUCUCCUGGGCCGACAACUCCAUGACCAAAAACCAGAAGGCGUCUGAAGUCCGGUACUACUCCGUCAAGUGGAAGACCAGCUACUCCACCAGUGGAAAGUACAAGUCUGCAGACACCACGGCGCUCAGCCACACGGUCACCGGCCUCAAACCAAACACCAUGUACGAGUUUGCUGUCAUGGUAACCAAAGGCCGCAAGUCCAGCACUUGGAGUAUGACGGCGCAUGCCACGACGUACGAAGCAGCUCCUAGCUCCGCCCCCAAAGAUUUGACAGUGAUCAGUCGCGAGGGACGACCCCGCGCCAUUUUAAUCAGCUGGCAACCGCCGAUGGAGGCCAACGGCCGUAUCACAGGUUACAUCCUGUACUACACGCUGGAUAAGAACAUGCCCAUAGAUGAUUGGGUGAUGGAGGCGAUCACCGGUGACCGGCUGACUCAUCAGGUCGUGGAUUUGAACCUCGACACGGUUUAUUACUUCAGGAUUCAGGCCAAGAACGCCAAAGGAGUCGGCCCGCUGUCUGAGCCCGUCCACUUUAGGACCGCCAAAGUGGAACAUCCAGACAAGAUGGCCAAUGAUCAAGGUCGAGGGGGAGACCAUGCCUACUGGCCGUCUGACACCAACCUCAUUGACAGGAGCAGCGUCAACGAGUCUCCCAUUGGUCAGAUGCGUCCACCGCACGGCAGCGCCACGCCCCAAAAGAACAGCAACCUCCUGGUCAUCAUCGUGGUUUCCGUGGGAGCCAUCACUGUGGUCGUGGUCGUCAUCGUGGCGCUCAUCUGCACCCGGCGCUCCUCCGCCCAGCAGAGGAAGAAGAGAGCGAGCCACAGCGCCAGCAAGAGGAAGGGCAGCCAGAAGGACUUGCGGCCCCCUGACCUCUGGAUCCACCACGAGGAGAUGGAGAUGAAAAACAUGGAGAAAGCUCCCAGUGUGGCCCCGUCCGGACACGAUUCCCCCCUUCAGUCCUGCCAGGACCUCCCCCAGGUCGCACACAGCCAAUCAGAGAGCCAGAUGGGCAGCAAGAGCAGCCACUCAGGAGCUGACGGCGAUGAGGCGUCCAGCAGUAUCUCCACUCUGGAUCGCUCCAUGGCUGCCAGGAGGGGGACGCGAGGCAAGAUGAUGAUUCCUAUGGACUCACAGCCCAGCAACACACCGGUGGUCAGUGCCAUCCCGGUGCCGGCUCUGGACUCCUCUCAGUACCCUGGUAUCCUGCCUUCACCAUCCUGCGGCUUCACUCACAACAAGUUCAGCCUGAGACCGAUGCCUUUCCCAAGCCUGACCGUGGACAGAGGAUACACACCAGCAAUGCCUUCGGACUCCUCCAUCAAUCCUCUCCUCCAGCAGCAGCCCCAAACCCAGCAGGCCCCUCCGCUUCUCCCCGGCUCCUCAGCACCGCCCGGGGACCACAUCCCGGGCCCCAUCCCGGGGGCCCCUACUGCUGUCGCCGCGGUUGCUGCUGAGGAGGCCCAGGCCGGCGGCGGUCGCACCAUUCCAACGGCCUGUGUUCGACCUACCCACCCGCUCCGGAGCUUCACCAACCCGCUGCUGCCACCGCCGAUGAGCACCAUCGACCCCAAGGUGUACACCUCCAUGAUGUCGCAGUCCACUGCGAGCCUCUCGAAGCCCCAGGUGAAGACUGCCUCCCUGGGCCAGGCCGGUAAGGCUCGCUCCCCUCUGCUGCCCGUCUCAGUCCCCACGGCGCCGGAUUUACCGGAUGAGGGAGGAACUAAACUUGCAGAGGAUUCGGCCGCCAACGUUUACGAGCAGGACGACCUGUCGGAGCAGAUGGCCAGUCUAGAAGGGCUGAUGAAGCAGCUCAACGCCAUCACCGGCUCCGCCUUCUAACCCAUGAUACCGUCCCCAGCCCAACCCUCGGCCACGGUCCAGUCUGGAACCAUUCUUCAAGCCUUGAUGUCCCCCGCGUGGCAUAUGCUGAGGUCAAUCCGGGUUUGAAGAGGUCCGUGCUGGGUUGAGUUUGUUUGGUUUCUGCUGGUCUUAGGCUAGUGUCUACUGUUUGGGACCGGGAAAAGGAUGGAAGGGAAUCAAACGGAGUAAAAAACACUACAGCAGCACAGCAUCAGCUCAAAGAACAGGAUGAGGGUGGAGGGGCUGAGACCCCUGAGACUCUUCAACCUCAAACAGAAAACUAGAAAAACCCGAGAACUAGCACCUCGGCUUCAUGACGCAGGAUGAUGCGAUCUUCACAACAAAAAAAGUUACUCUUCUUUGUGGUAUUUAUUAGCGUCCUCCGCUGGGUUAUCUGCAACUCAGUUACUGUGACCGUACCUCACUUGUUUCUCAUGAUCGCUGUUGGAAGUAUUCAUUUUGUCUGUUUUGGAGGGGUAUCCCAAUUUUGUGCAGUUACAGGAUGUGCAUAUGGUUUGAAAGUGCCACCAGAACCUAUAGUAAGAAAUAGAAAAAACAUCCCCAGCCGCCAAAGUUUCACCGAAACCGUUUUCUCAGCUGGAUCCGAGGUCCACCCGUUACGCAAGGUUAUCCUCGUAUCUCUCGUCUAUUUUUUCUCCCAUUUUUCCCUCUCAAAACAGUAUGAUUUUACAAAGCAAAGCAUCACUCAUAACCCAUGCAGCUCAUCCACUUCUGGAUUAGGAGGUUUGAAAAAAAAAAGAAUGAAGGGAUUACAAAUGUGGCUGGAUAGAAUGGGGUCUGAAUGGCCUUGAUCCGAUCCAGCUGACUCUACUCUUUACAGGACUGUAUAGAAACCUCGAUAGACUCCCACAGUCUGCUGCUGCUGCUCUUGACCAAGCCUUUACUCUGCCUAACCCAGAUGAACUCUGAUCCUUACCUACGAGGACUUGUGCCAAAUUCUCACCUUGGACAACAUAUUGUAAACCGUCUUUGUUUUUUGCUCCUUUGUUUAAAUCUGUCUCAGUCCCAAACCAUGGACUGGAAGCCAAUGACGAGCAAUGAGCCGAGAAACGCGAUCAAAUUCGGUCACACCUUGUUCACAGUUUGUCACGUUUUACUGUAGUGCAUUGCGUUCCCCCCCCCC